AGACUGAGGCACCAGGGAACAAGGAAAUACAGAGCUAGCACUUGAGUCUUUCAUGUCAAUCAUAACACGUCCAAAUGACUUUUUAUUUUCGAAGAAAAAUGAGUUGACUAACUGAUGUAGUUAUACAUUUAAAAAGAGUUGGGCUUUGAUCCUCGUAAUCGAUGCAGUGUUAUCUGUUGUUUCGCACAAACACGGACGGUUUCAGCUGAUCAACUCUUUGUUUUAAAACGCAGCCAGAGGCAUUUGUGAAGAGCUAGGCUACUGGAAUAAACUCCGGUAAACUGAUGGAUCAAAUUAAAAAGGCUGAAAUGAAACACGAGGAAUGGAUGUCAUGUUUGCCAGAGAAACUGUGGGAUGUCCCUUUAACAAAUCUCUCAAUACCAGGUAGCCACGAUGCAAUGAGCUACUGUUUGGAUAUCACUUCUCCUCUGCUCCGGUCAGAGUCAGACACUUUCCGGUUGCUGGAUGGAGUUUUCUGCUGUUUCACCCGACCAGCUAUUUACAGAUGGGCCACUACUCAGGUGCAAGACAUUGUGGAGCAACUUACAGCAGGCAUUCGAUAUUUUGACCUUCGAAUUGCCCAUAAACAGUAUGAUUCUUCCAAAGAGCUUUACUUCACUCAUGUCAUUUACACACAUGCAACCGUCAUUAAAACUCUACAGACAGUUGCUUCAUGGCUUGAAUCUCAUCCUAAAGAAAUCGUCAUUCUGGCUUGUAGAAAUUUCGAAGGGCUGAAUCAUAAACGGCAUGAGGAAUUCAUCUAUUCUCUGAAGAAAAUCUUUGGUCCUAAGCUGUGCCCUCACAAUGAGUUCCCACUGACCUUGCGGAGCCUGUGGACAUCAGGCUAUCAAGUAGUUCUAUCAUAUGAGGACCACCAGUCAGUAGAACGCCAUGUGGAGUUGUGGAAGGCUAUCCCGUACCUUUGGGCCAAUAAGCCUGAUGCAGAAGAGCUGAUCCAGUAUCUUGAUCAGCAGAAACAGAAUGGUCGACCAGAGGGGUUUUUCGUAGCAGGCCUGAAUUUGACGACAGAUCGAUGCUUCAUCGCCUCGCACCCUCGGACAUCUCUCCGAACUCUGACCCUGGACAAUUGGAACUGUGUGAGGAUAUGGCUAGAAGAUCAGAAACCAGGAGCUGAACGCACAAGUCUAAACAUAAUAGCAGGCGACUUCAUUGGACCCGUCCCAUUUUGCUCUCUUGUUAUUGCACUCAACAAGAAACUGCUGUAAUCAAGGAGCUGUUGAAGCACAAUGUGUUUUUGUCGUUCACAAACCCAGGUUGAGCCCUAUUUUGAGCCUUGCUAGUGGUAUAAAAACUAGCGAUUUCUUUUUAAUUAGUAAAUGCCCUAUAUACUAGCGUUAUAAGCUAAAGAGUUUUUAAAGAU